AUGGUUUGUGUUCCUUGUAUUUUCAUUCCACUCAUUCUGUAUAUAUUCCAUAAGUUCAUCAGACCCUACUUGAUGCCAUGGCUUGAAAAGAUGGGAAUUGUCAAGGCACCUGAAGACGACUCGAAAAGAGCUGAUUACAAACAAGUGUGUGAAGGAGGUGUCUGCAAGCUGGUAAGAACAGAUUGCUCCAACUCUAAAAACGCAACAGAAGAUGGUAAAGAGGCAAACGAAGAAAGCAACGUUACAGCUACCUCAGAAGUUGAAGCAACUGGAGACGCUAAAAAAGAUCAAUGA